GGAGGGGUGUUUUGAUUGGUUGAGGGUGGAGUUUGUAUCUGUUUAGCCGCCACGCCGCUAGCUGCAGCUGUAGCGAGAGUGUGGCUCCAGGUGGGCUCACGCGUUUUCAGGGCGGAGAAGUUUUGCUCCAAAACUGCAGAAGGACGGGCGCAGCCUGAUUGAGGUAGCGUUAGUGCAGCCUGAGUGGCAGACUCCGCUCUGGCAUCACCUUCCUGGUGUGCUUUAAGGAAAACUCCUCAGGACCUCUGUAUCUGGAAAGCUGUGUAAAUGCAGUCAGUGAUCGAACCUGCAAUCUUGGCAUCGGGAUGAUGCUCUGACCAACGGAGCUACCCUGCCAGGGCCUCAUCCUUCACCCCUGAACUUUCAGCCUUGUUCCUGGAAACCCACCUUAUUGUUGGACGCUUAUUUUUGAGGCAGUGAUGUCUCAGGAGACGGAAGGGGAGCAUCAGCAGUCCCAAGGCACCUUCUCCCCGACACCAGGCCCCUCCUCGCAGACCCCAGGCCCCUCCUCCCAGACACAAGGCCCCUCCUCGCAGUCCCAGAGCACAUCCAGCUCCUCCACCAGCACAGUGCCAACGUCCAGCCAGUCCUCUCACUCCAGCUCGGGGACGCUGAGCUCCUUAGACACAGUGUCCACUCAGGAACUGUAUUCUAUUCCUGAGGACCAAGAACCGGAGGAGCCGGUCCCUGCCCCUUGGGCGCGAUUAUGGGCCCUCCAGGAUGGAUUCUCCAAUCUUGAGUGCGUGAACGACAGCUACUGGUUCGGGAGGGAUCGAAGCUGUGAAUACUGCUUCGACGAACCACUGCUGAAAAGAACGGAUAAAUACCGGACUUACAGCAAGAAGCACUUUCGCAUUUUCAGGGAGAUGGGACCGAAAAACUCUUACAUCGCAUACAUAGAAGACCACAGUGGGAACGGAACCUUCGUGAACAGAGAGCUGGUAGGCAGAGGACGCCGCCUUCCUCUGAAUAACAAUUCUGAGAUUGCACUGUCCGUGUGGAAUAACAAAGUUUUUGUAUUUUUCGAUCUGACUGUGGAUGACCAAUCAGUUUAUCCCAAGGAAUUAAGAGACCAAUACAUCAUGUCAAAAACUCUUGGAAGCGGUGCCUGUGGGGAGGUGAAGCUAGCCUUUGAGAGGAAAACAUGCAAGAAAGUAGCCAUAAAGAUCAUCAGCAAAAGGAAGUUUGCUAUUGGCUCUGAGAAAGAAGUAGAUCCAGCUCUCAAUGUUGAAACAGAAAUCGAAAUUUUGAAAAAAUUAAAUCAUCCUUGUAUCAUCAAGAUUAAAGACUUUUUUGAUGCCGAAGAUUUUUAUAUUGUUUUGGAAUUGAUGGAAGGGGGCGAGCUGUUUGACCGGGUGGCAGGGAACAGGCGCCUGAAGGAAGAGACGUGCAAACUGUAUUUUUACCAGAUGCUCCUGGCCGUACAGUACCUUCAUGAAAACGGUAUUAUACAUCGGGAUUUAAAGCCAGAGAAUGUUCUGCUCUCGUCUCAAAAGGAGGACUGUCUUAUAAAGAUUACUGACUUUGGGCAGUCCAAGAUAUUGGGGGAGACCUCUCUCAUGAAAACCUUGUGCGGUACCCCGACUUACUUGGCCCCCGAGGUUCUUAAUUCCCUUGGGACUGCCGGAUAUAACCGCGCUGUAGACUGCUGGAGUUUAGGAGUUAUUCUUUUUAUUUGCCUUAGUGGGUAUCCACCUUUCUCUGAGCAUAAGACUCAAGUGCCACUGAAGGACCAGAUCACCAGUGGAAAAUACAACUUCAUUCCUGAACUCUGGGCAGAGGUCUCCGAGGAGGCGCUGGACCUCAUCAAGAAGUUGUUGGUAGUGGAUCCCAAGGCUCGUCUUACGACAGAAGAAGCUUUAAAACACCCGUGGCUUCAGGAUGAGGACAUGAAGAGAAAAUUUCAAAAUUUGCUUUUUGAAGAAAAUAAGUCAACGGCUCUACCCCAGCUGCCAGCCCAGGCUUCUACGAGUCGAAAGCGGCUCCUUGAAGGGGAGCCGGAGGAUGCUGGCACCACAAAGCGCCUGGCUUUCUGUGCUGCUGUGUCCUGAGCUCUGGUUGAAUGUGAAAGACAUGGACCGUCUUGAACCUUGCUGCUCUUUUCUUUAUGUAUAUGUAUAUAUAUAUAUUUUUUAGAUUUUGUGUUUUAAUUAUGGGAACAGCUGCUUCUCCAGAGUCAUCAGUACACAAUUAAAAACCUAAUGGAGCUUGGGCUGUGUGCUUCCGCUUGACGAUCAGCUCUUUAGUUGCAGGCCUUUUCGUGUGUGGAUUUGAAAUCAUGUGCUUUUUAUCGGGAACUCUACCCUGGCUGUCACCAGCCCGGUGUCUCAGGAAUUGUCCUUGGUCUCAGCCUCGGUGAGAUGCAUGCACAUUCUAAAGGCUCUUUAGAAAGCUGCAGGGAAAGGGGCAUGGCGAGGUCGGGGUGGAGUCUGUAGGGAGUGACUGGCUGCCACAGUCCUCCUGAGACAGUAGGUAGCUUGGUGCAAAUACCACGGGCCUAUUUUAUUUUUUUCCACGGGCCUAUUUUAAAUUCUCAUCCUCUCACCCUCAUAAAGAUGCAGGUCCACAGUUAUGCUCAGGGAAAUAAGCCAAAUAGUAUAUGAUUCCACUUAGAUGAGGUACCUAGAGUAGUCACACUCACAGAGACAGAAAUUAGAAUAGUGGUUGCCAGGAGCUGGGGGAAGGGCAGUGAGGAGGGGGGAGUUAUUGUUUCAUGGAUUAGGGAGUUUCUGUUUUGCAAGAUGAAAAGAGUUCUGGAGAUGGAUGGUGGUGAUGGUUGUACAACAGUGUGAAUACUUCAUCCCACUCAGCUGUAUGCUUAAAACAUGGUUAAGAUGUUAAAUGUUAUGUGUAUUUUACCACAAUAAUAAUAAUAAUUUAAAAAAGGCC